AUGGUCCGAUACCGCGUGAGGAGCCCCAGCGAGCGCCCGCAGCAGGGGCCCAAGCAGGAGGAGGGGCGCGAGGAGGACCAGGAGCAGGAGCAGGAGCUGAACCAGGAGCCCGUGGAGGUCUGCGGGAGGACGCAGAGGGGCCACCGCCGCAGGCCCUGCUCCAGGCGCAGGCUGCACUGCAUCCACGGGCGGCGCCGGUGCUGCCGCCGGAGGCACCGGAGGCGCCACGGGUGCAGACACAGGCGGCACCACCACCACCGAGGCUGCAGAAGAACCAGGAGGAGGAGGAGAUGCAGGAGAUGCAGGAGAUGCUACUAA